CACAACAACAACAACAACAACACCGGCAACGAUAAUGAUGAUGUUUAUAUUAUAUUCAAUGAUGAUAAUAUUCUCCAUUCCAAAUUCGAAUUGUGAUUUUUGGGAAUUUUUGGAUUAUAUUCCAACACAACCAAAACGUUUAGAUCAAAUGAUGAUAACACAAAAUUCAGAAUAUCCGGUUCCAAGUUAUAUACUUCCAUCUAAAAAAAUUCAUUUCAUAACUGAACCAGGAUAUUAUUCAUUACAAAUGAAUGAAAAAAUGCUUAAUGUAAUUGGUACCAUAAAAAUCUAUUCACAUGAUCCAACAAAAUUGGCUGUUUUCUAUAUUGAACGUAUGAAUGUUUUAUGCCAAACAAAAAAUCCACAUACUUUUGUACGAUGGUUUGAUGGCUGGAAUACUGAAGAGAAUGUUGUUAUACCAUAUGUUAUUGAUCAUCCUGAUGGUUACAUUAAACGUUUUAGCGAUAAUUUUUGUGAAAUGGGUCGUGUAUUUCGAACAUCAUUAAAACGUUAUACAGCCACACAGAAUUUUGCACAAGUUGAUUAUCGUUUCGAGACGUUACAUCAUUAUAUAUUUUCAUUUUUUGUUUAUUUUAAAGAUAAUCCACAACCAUGUCAUGCAUUAAUCAUGGAUACAUUCGAUGUGAAACGAAAAUGUCCAUAUUUUUAUUCAUAUACAUUACAAAAUUAUGGCAAUAAACCAAUGAAUUGUUCAUUAUUUUUAAUGAAACAAGAAACACAAAGAUAUGAAGGUUCAUUUCAUAUACGUUUUUUUCAAGUUGGUGAUCCAAGUAUUUCAAAUGUAAUUCAAAAUGGUGAUAAAGAUCCAUUAACGUGUGCAUCAUUUGCUGAUCAUUUAUAUAUUAAUGGAAAUUCUGGUGCCGGACCUCAUAAAACAAAAGAAUUGGAUUUCUGUAAUCAACAUAAACCUGAAGUGAAUAAAGGUGGAUUUCCAAUAGUCUGUCCAAAUGUUACCAUACGGCUAAUAUCAAGUGGCCAAUUUCAGAAUAAAAUUGUCAUCAGUUAUCUGCCACCAACAACGGAUGAAAUUUGUCGUUGGAAUGAAGAAAAACGUUCGAAUACGGCACGAACAUAUCAUACAUUACGUUGUUGAAUUUUGAAUUUGAAUGAUGAUUUGAUUUGAAUGUGAAACAGAAAAAAAAAUUAAUUUAA